AUGUCUAGUGAUCAAUUUAAAGCAGUGGGAAUAGCGACUAUAAAGGGAAUUGGUAAAGGUUCAAAAGCAUUAGGACAAGCAGGUUAUAGAACAUAUAAAAAGAGCGAAGCAAAAAGAAACGGUACAGAAUACGUUGAUCCAAUUAAAGAUAAAGAUAAUAAAGAAGUAAAUCCCGAACAACAGACAGAAUCUUCUUCUUACGUAGCUAGACCAUUACCUACAAGAGAAUCAUUGCAAUCUUUCCAACCACCACCAAAGAGAAAUGUAGGGGUUUAUAGUACAAAAGAAGGAAAAUAUGCUUCUCCUCAAUCAACUAGUAAUUAUCAAUCACAACCUCAACAGCAAUAUCAACAGCCUCAACAGCAAUAUCAACAACCUCAACAGCAAUAUCAACAGCCCCAACAGCAAUAUCAACAACCUCAACAGCAAUAUCAACAACCUCAACAGCAACAACAGUACCAACAAGCACAAUACGGGCAACAACAACCGCAAGCACAAUACGAGCCCCAACAACAAUAUAGUCAGCCCCAAGCUCAAACGCAACAGCCUCAACAAUAUUCACAGCAAUCUAAUCAAGGGCCACCAACGUAUAAUCCAAAUCAACUGACUCCUCAAUACUCCCAACCAAAUCAAAGCUAUCAACAACCACAACAAAAUUAUCAACAGCAACCACAACAAAACCAACAGCAACCACAACAAACUUAUCAACAAAAUCAACAACAAUUGGCUCACGAAAUAAAUCAAAAUCAUCCACCUCCAGUCUAUCUGACUGAAGAUCACGCACAACAUCAUUAUGGAGCUCAAAAUACUAAUACUCAACCAACUACAAAUGCUUAUACCCCAGCUCAACAAAUUCAAUCAUUUCAGCAACAACAACAACAACCGCCACCAUUAGGCCCUCGUCAAUCUGUUUCAUCUCCUCAACAAACUCCACAAACUACCAAUCCACCAGUUUAUAAUCCUACACAACAGCAAAAUCAAUCUUAUUCCACUCAACAAUAUGAACCUCCUGUCGAGCAACAUAAACCAGUAAGACCUUUACCAGAUCCAAAAUCCUUUGCUCCACCUCCAGUAAGAGGUAAUGCUGCACCUCCAACUCCACAAAGAUCUUCAAAUAAAAUAUACACUACUCCUGCACCACUGAGAGGAAGUCAAAGUAGUAUAAACGUACCACUUUCAGCGUCAAAUAACCCACAACCACCUUUACCAUCAAGAUCAAGUGUUAAUAGUGUUACAAGCUCAAUGAGUAGCAACUCGAUAAAUCAAGGAGCUACCACUCAACCAUUGAAUUUGAAUUCGUUUCCGCCACCACCACAAAUUUAUAGAGGAAACCAAGAGAAGGUAGAAAAACCAUUAAAGAAAGAGAAACCGGUUAUAUCUAGAAAACCGACCUAUGAAGAAGAAGUUGAAGAUGACUCUGUAAUAUCUCCACCAAUGCCAACAAGAAGAACUCAAGAGCUUAAAUCCACUCCACCACCAAUGCCUUCAAGAAAACUGGUUGAAUCAAGUGAAGUUUUACAGAAGAAAAAACCACCACCAAAACCAGUCAAAAAACCAAAACCUGAAUUAGAUACUUCAACAAGCAAUAAUGGUUCCGAUGUACUGAAUGAGUUAGAAAAUAUGUUUAAGAAAAUGAACAUGAAAAAGAACAAUACUAUAGAAGAAUCAAAUGAAGAACAAGCAGCGCCACCUAGUAUAAAAGCUAAACCAACAAUUGCACCAAAACCAAAACCAAAACCUGAAAUUGCAGCAAAGCCUAUAAUUUCAAAUUUACCACCUGUUCCUUCUCCAAGAGUUAGAUCAAUUUCUCCAGAACAAUCAACUCCACCACCAGCACCUAAACCAAGAACUUACAAGAGACAAGCAGCUGCAAUUCCGCAACCUCAUCCACAACCUCAUCCACAACCUCAACAAUCAACUGAACCACCACAAUUAGAUUUAGAAUUACAAACUCAAUGGUUCGCAAAUACAAAUAAUUUACAAUUACCAAAAUCAUUACAAGGACUUAAUUUCCAAACAAAUUUCCUGUAUUCGAAUCAUGGGUUCACUACAAAAAAUAAUAGAAUAAUUACUUUACGAUUAAAAGAUCUAUCAAUAAUUUCAUAUAAAUUUGAAUGGGAAUCAAAUAAUGUUUCAGGUGUCAAAGUUACCAUAGAUAAAUUUGUACCAUCUCCAUUAUUACAAAUACCAACAAAAUCAGAGCUUGUGACAAAUAGUGAAAAAUUUGGUUAUUAUAUAGCAGGAUGGAGUGAACAUCAUAAAGGUCAACAAGUAGGUAAUGGAGAAUGUUGGGAUCUAGCUAAAUAUGCAUUACAAAAGGGUUGUGGGAAUCAUGCAUUCGUUUCAACUUAUUAUACUCAUGGUUAUCCAAUUUUACAAAUUGGCAAAAAUUAUCAAUUUUUAAAUGGUUCACAACAAUUAGAUGAUGUUAGAAUAGGUGAUAUUUUACAAUUUAAAUCUUGUAGAUUUUUUAAUCCUGUAAAUGGUUCAAGUCAGACUGUUGGUAUGCCUGAUCAUACAAGUAUAGUUGUUGGAACUGAUGGUGAUAAAAUAAAAGUCCUUGAACAAAAUGUUAAUGGCGUUAGAAAAGUCGUUGAUGGUGAAUAUAUUUUGAAGAAUUUAGUAGAAGGUGAAUUAUAUGUAUAUAGAGUUAUGCCAGCAGAAUGGGCAGGACAAUUGUAA